AAAAUUAUCGUCGUGGGACAGUAUCGCAAGGGACGCAUCGUGCAAUAACCAGAGGCAUAUCCAUAUCCAAAGUAAAACGUGAAUAAGUUCGUCACGCCAAGUAAAACGGUGAAAUUAAGAGUUAUAUGAAAAGCCCAUUGCAGUAAAUCCCGUGAAUAUGACAUCUCAUCAAUUUUUAUAUCCUGAGAGUUGUAGCCGCUAUCCCUAUGUCGGCAAAGUGACCGCUGGAGAGAGGCAUCGUGUUGACUUCAUUUAUCAAUUUGUGGAAAAAGCCUUCCCCGGGAAUCAUGAGUUACCUGGAGUAUUUUAUAGUGUCUCUGACAUAAUUGGGACACCUACCAUUUUUCCAGAUUAUGCUAAUUGUAAAUUUGACUUCGAUAUCUCUACGUCUCCAUGGCAAGACGAAACGCAUUCAAGAAUACUUUAUUGUUCACGGGAUAACUCAAUCAUCGAGCAAUUCAUCGAGAAUGAAAAUAAUUAUAUUGGUAUGCGACAUUUCACUUCAUAAUGGAAGAAAUAAGAUAUUGUUUAAAAAUAUACACUUGUGUUGAGAAGAGUGUAUAAUUAUAUUUUCUCUUUCGAAGAAAUCGAGUUUCGUGAAGCCGUAUAUCCAAUCCGAAUCUCUGUGUACGAAAUAUAUAAUCCUGGGAGGAUAAUUAAAAUUUGGGCUCAAGAUUCUCAUAACUUGCAGUGGUUUCAGUUGUGGGGUGGCAGGCUUGCGUCUUUGCCCUCGAAAUCAAGAUUAUUUUCUCCGCCAUUAAAGUCGUGUAACUUUAAAACCAAACUGAUCAAAUUACAGUUCAAGUUCAGCCCAAGUAUCUAUUACACGAAACUAGAUGCUAUAAUGCUUAUUGGCAUAUCAGAAAAAAUUUUUUGUUCUCACAACAGUCCUAGAACAUGUUUCGUUGAUUUUUUGAACAGUUUUACUUGCAACCAUUCUCGCCAAUAUCACACGGGUGUUUGUAAUUUGACGGCAGAUUACGAAAAUGCACAUUUAGAUAUAGCCUACCUUCAAAAAGAUUUUGAUAAAUACUGUAUUACUGUUAAAAGGAAAAAAGUAUCUCUGAAGGCAACCCGUAAUUAUAGACAGCUUUUCCAUCUUUCGUUUAAAGCUUAUCAAACAAAUUAUGUGAAGCCUACACAAAUUUCUAAUAAAUCCAAGAAGCCAUCAUGUGGCAGUUUCUUAAUGCUUUCUGAUGAAGUACAACUAAUGAUACUAAAAUAUUUAGAUUUGACGUCGUUAUGUUGCAUGAGCCAAGUAAACAGGCACUUCAAUACUUUGACACGAGAUUCUACACUCUAUACAUGUUUAAACGUGCGCAAUGUACGCAAAGCUGAUUAUAUUUGUGACAUAUUUUGUUACUUUAAAUCAAGAUGUAAAAAAUUGCAACGGUUGGAUCUUACUUCAAGCGCAUUUCCUGUUGGGGCUUUCGUGGAAUUUCUUAAGGUUUGCAGCAAGCGUUUAACACAUUUAAAGUUAAACAGAUGUUUUCUUAGGCAUUCAUAUAUUGACUAUGAUCCCGUAUUUAAAAUUAUUUCUGAAACAUGCAAAAAUUUGAAAGAAUUGGAUCUAGAAUUUGGUUGCGCAGAAAUAAGUAACAAAGCAUUGUUGUUUCUCAAAGAACUAGAAGGUUUGGAAUACUUAAACCUUCGUGGUACACAUACAGAAGCUAGUGUUCUUUGCAAAAUACUGGAAAAAAAUCGACGGAUUCGUGCAUUACAUAUAAAUAAUGUGAAAGAUAUAGAUACAGUUUUAAUAGAGCUGAAAAAUUUCUGUCCAGAUUUGGAAAUAUUAAAUUUGCACAAAGCACAUCACCUUACAUCGCGGGGUAUUAAUGCCCUCGCUGAAUGUAGAAAUUUGCGGAAAGUGGACCUUAGGUUUAAUUAUGCAGGUGACACUGCCGAUAACUUGAGAAGAUUACUUUCUUCUUGUCAACGUCUGGAAUAUAUCUAUUUGUCCCAUAUAUUCCUCGAUGAUUUUAAUCUGAAAUCACUAACGCUGGGUAAAAACUUGAAAGAGUUACAUUUCUUUUGGGUGGCACUUGAUGAUGAGAGGCCUGAUCAAUUUAGCAUUAUUUUUGAACGAUGUUCUAAACUGCAAAAAUUACGUUUCUAUGACUGUAACACUAGUGAUCUUUGGAUUAAUGAUUGGAAGAAAAGAUAUCCACAUGUGUCUAUGCUUUCCACUAGUAGGAAGGACGGGUUAAGUUCAGAUAUCAUCCGCCUCUUUUCAAGCUAGACUACGCCUUCAUGCGGACAAGCUGAUGACAAAUUCUGAAGGACAGAGUAAGGGCGCGACCACUUUUGAAUAAGUGGUCCAUAAAUAAAUGCAAGGAAAUGGGCCAAUCAAAUUCUUUAUGUAUAUGUACAAAUCUACACUAUUUCGCUCAUGCUUUUAUCGGUUUUCUUAUUUUUCAUAAUGUUUUAUUAUCACAACUACUGUCACUUAUUGACAGAAUUCUUUUUGCGAAUAUAAUUUUUAUUAGUUUCAUGUAUAACAUGUUCUUAGCUUCACAAACAUCUUUAAUAUCACGUACUUGACGAGAAAUUGUAGUUGUAAAGUUGUUGGAUUAAUGCCAAAUUCGUCGAAUAGAUGUCGAUCGACGACUUUUUGCACGCGCGACCAAUCAUUUCUCAUUGGAAUAUUGAUAUUAAUUUUACAAGCAGCUAUGAUUAAUUAUGCAAAUAAAUUACCGCGAAGGGAGAAGAAUAAACAACGCAUAAAUAAUGGUUUUCGCUUUAUUUAAUUCACAUCGUUAAACAUUUCGCUAUCAGAGAAAGGCACCUCAGACAACACGUGUAUUUAGAAGACGUUUUAAAGACUUGCUGAAAAGACGUUCAAAAUAUAAGUUUUUAAAUAAGACCUUUUAGUGGAGCGUACAUAACUAUUUACAUUACCGAUUGUUUACUCAUUAGAAAUACAUAACAUGGCCGAUCCGAAUAUAGUUUAUGAGAAUUUUGCUAUUAUUUAAAAUCUGGUAUUUCUACACUUUUAUUAUAUCAUCCAGUGUCACAAUAACACCAUUAAAGCGAAGCUUUCCGGAAACGCAUUAACAAGAAAAAGAUAAACUGAAGCAAUUUGAUAAAUCAAAAUAAAAAUUUCAUACUCACAUAACUUUGUUAACGUCAAAAACUCUGAUCUGAUUAUCUAUUACAGUAUAUAUACAUUAUUAUAUCAGCUAUAAUAAAUGCAUAAUAUGCUUCUACAUAUAUAUGUAU